AGAAGCUGAGGAGGGACGCCACGGCACCACGGGUACACCGGCGAAGCUACGGCGGCUCUUUGCACAGGACGAUAACGUCAAGAGCGCAGGACACUCCUGGGGGGCUCCCGCUAGCUGAAGAAGAGGAGGUGGAAGGAAGGGGAGGGGGGCAGUUACUCUGAAACUGCCGUGAGGAUUACAGAGAGCCACCGUCACAGCUGCUUUCACCCAGAAGUUGACCUACAGAAGACGCUAUGCUGAUGUCCUGAGCUGAGGGAGCCCUGACUUCAUCCUCAACCUGUCUCUUGUCUCAGUUUGUUAUUCCACACCUGAUCAACUCUCCAUCAGUCACCGAGCACCAACAGCAACCACCGCCACCUCCACCUUUUCCCCAUCCCCCUCCUGCCCAGCCUGCCGUCACCAUGACGUCGGAGCUGGAGAGUAGCCUGACCUCCAUGGAUUGGCUUCCUCAGCUGACCAUGCAGGCGGCCAUCCGCAAGGCGGACGCCCAGAAUGCCCACGGGCCAGGCAUGGGCAAGAAGAGUGCCCUACUGGAUCCUAACACCACGUUGGACCAGGAGGAGGUGCAGCAGCACAAAGAUGGCAAACCGCCCUACAGCUACGCCAGCCUCAUCACGUUUGCUAUCAACAGCUCGCCAAAGAAGAAGAUGACAUUGAGCGAGAUCUACCAGUGGAUCUGUGAUAAUUUUCCCUACUACAGGGAGGCGGGCAGUGGCUGGAAGAACUCAAUACGGCACAAUCUGUCAUUGAACAAGUGUUUUCUCAAAGUGCCUCGCUCCAAAGAUGACCCAGGAAAGGGCUCUUACUGGGCCAUCGACACCAACCCAAAGGAGGAUGCCUUGCCUACACGGCCAAAGAAGAGGCCGCGGUCUGGAGAGCGGGCUUCUACGCCGUACAGCCUGGAGUCGGAGUCUUUGGGGAUGGAGUGUAUGAUCUCUGGAAGUGCCUCUCCAACGCUGGCAAUCAACACUGUGACUAACAAGGUGGCGUUGUACAACACAGACCAGGAAGGGAGCGAUAGUCCAAGAAGCAGCCUUAACAACAGCCUGUCUGAUCAGAGUCUGGCCUCUGUCAAUCUCAACAGUGUGGGCAGUGUGCACAGCUAUACACCGGUGACCAGUCACCCAGAGCCCGUGUCCCAGUCUAUGAGCCUCCAGCAGCCCCCACAGUCCCAGUACAACAUGCCAGACAGGGACAAGCAGCUCCUGUUCUCUGAAUUUGAAGAUCUCAGUGCCUCCUUCCGCAGCCUUUACAAGUCUGUUUUUGAGCAGUCCUUCAGCCAACAAGGUCUCAUGGGCAUACCCUCAGACUCCUCCCAGCAGACCCACACCUCCUGCUCCUAUCAGCACUCCCCCAGUGGCACCAUUAGUACACAGAACAGCCUGUCAAACAACCAACCCAACAGCCACCCCAACAGCCACUCCGCCAACAGUGGCCAGGUGCCCCUGUCCCAUCCUUCCCAAGCCCUCCCCGGCCACGGCUCGCCCCACGCACCACACCUCCCGCAGCACGGCGGCCCCCACAACCAACACAACCAACACAACCAACACAGCCAACACGCCCAGCACAGCCAACACGGUCAGCACCAACAGCACUCCCAGCACCCCCAGCAUGCUGCACACUCCCAGCACGGGCAGCACCCAUCGCAGCAUCCGUCCCACGGCCAGCACCCACAGCAGCACACGCCACACCCCUCCCAGCACACGCAGCACAGCCAGCACCCUUCUCAACACGGACAACAGCAUCAGAGCCUCUCCCACCAGCCCCAUCCUACCCAGCAACAGAUGGCCUGCAACACAGGUUUACUGUCUGACUGGUACCCAAAUCUGGAUGCACUGAAAGAAAGCUGUCGUAUUGCCAGCAGCUAUAACUGGGCUGAUGUCGACCUUUCACCUUUCCAAGGGUUAAGAGAGAGUAUGAGACAAGCGGAGUUGAACAAUUGGUCCCUGGAACCCACCCAGAUCGCAGACCUCUGCUCGUCCAUCAACCAGUUUUUUACCCGCACCGGUGUAAUCCAGCCACAGGGGGCAGUGCAGCCUUCUGUUUGCCAUGGCGCCAUGCACCCCAACAAACCCAGCCAGCACCUCAACACGGGAAAUCUCUACAUGGACUCCAGACAGAGCAUGUCCAUGAUGGGUCCUCCAGGAUAUCCCCACAUGCCCCCCAUGAGCAGCGCAGGACCCACUAUGACAGGACACCAUGCACAGAUGAACCAGCAGCACAUGAUACCUACCAGAAACUUCCAGAUGCAUCGCAUGCCAGCUGACGACAUCCAGGACGACUUUGAUUGGGACUCUAUUGUCUAGCCCCUAGACCUCCUUUUUUUUUUUUUUGCAAACAAAAGGGAGCGAGGAGAGGAGGUGGAAGCCAGAGGAAGCCAGGCUGAGCUGAAAGGCCGCAGGAGGAGGAGGAGGACAAGGAGGCCACUCUGGGUGGAAUCCAGAAGAACAUUUGACAAGCUUUGGAGAGAGACAGACUUCAGAGUCCUGACAUUUUUACAAAAGGAAAACAUAAAUAGAAAAUGUUACUUUGAAGACAAUCAUAUUUAGUCGGACAUGUUAAAGUGAUUGCUUAAGUACUUGUCUACAGACAAGUAGAACACAUUCACGUCUAAACCACAUGCUCCUCAGCUCCUCAGCCAGCCCUCUCCCUGUCCCUAGCCAGCAGCCUUCCAAAGUCUGAACCCCUCUCCCCCCCCUGACCCCCUGCUCCGUAACUGUUAUGUGAUUUGAGCGACGUGUUCAGCUUGUAAUUCUUCUCGUGUUGACAUUGGCCUCAGCUGUCUCUUGGAUGAGUUUAUCUCUCUUUUUUGAAAAUGAUUUUGUUUUAUUUUUGUUUUUAAGAAACACAGGCUGUCUCUAUGAGUAAUGUGAUGGUGCUCGUUGGUCACCUUUGGGAGAAUGUGGGUCCGACUGUGGCUGAAUUGGUGGUAAAAGUUAGGUUUACAAUAACUGAGGUUUUGAACAGGGUGUUAAACAUUUAAGGCUUGAUAUUAAACAAACCGAGAGAGAGAGAGAGAUCGCAGAAAGUAUCGUGAUCUGUUUUCAUAGCCAACCAGGCUCAGCGCAAAAGACUAGUUAUGGGAAUACAACUUUGUUUUUCUUAGUUCUCUGUCUCAAGCACUUCAAGGUGAGUGAAUAUGAUGAGUGUGAGUAGAUGGUGAUAGCAGGGAAGUCAGACAUUUUUUUUUUCUUUUUAAAAUUCAUUCAACCCAAAGUAACCUGAGGUUUACGUUCUCUGUGUGCAUCGUGUAGGUUUAUCUUUGCCCCACCAGUCUGAAGCUGUUGUAACGUUAAAGAGUAAGUUUUAAUGGUGAAGUUCAUCAGUUUUACAUGAGUAGUCUAUUGAUCAUUAAACAAGCCAGCCUCAUUCAGUAACAAUCAAACUGAGUCCAACAGUCAGUAUUGGCUCACAUGUCACAUUUGAAACUGUAAAGUCUCUUGAUGAGUAAAUAUCAUCAUCAUUAUUCUUUUGAAAACAAAUGAAAGAGACAUUAAAUUGUUUGUUAAUGUUAUUUGUUUAUUCAAACAAAUAUCUGAAAUAUCAGCAUUGGCCUCCAAAAUUUAAUAUCGGUUGCACAAGACAGUUUUUGUUAAAAUGAACUGGUUGGUCAGUGGGGUUUUGGUUUAUUAAAGAAAUAGUAAAACAUCUGCUUUCUUGCUGAAAAUUACAUGUGAAUAUUGUACAGUAAAUAUGAAGCUACAGCCAGGUUGUGGGAGCCAUACUAUUUCUUGGCUGGGUGCAGUGACUUGCUGGAGAUAUUCCAUGUUAAUUAGGGAGCUUCAGAGGUACUGAUAGGUAGAUUUUGUUAGCUUUGGAUGUGCCAGGGUAGUUGUUUCCCCCUGUUUCCAGCAUUUAUGCUAAGCGAAGCUAACUGUUCUCUGGCUGUAGCUAUAUAUAUACUCUACAGAUGUGAGAGUGGUAUCAGUCUCGUCCUCUAACUUUCCCAAGAAAGAGUAAAAGCUUUUCCCAGAAUGUAGCACUAUUACUCUAAACAGUAAAACAUCAAACUAUAUGCAAACCAUACUACAAUCAUUUAUUCUAAUAACAGUAAAAAAUAAAAUGUAAAGAUCAUGUAUUCAUUUUUUAGAGCAAUCGUUUUAAGCCUCACUGACUCUAAAACAGAAACUACUCUAAAUUUAUUAUUAAAAUAAUGUAAAAAAAAAAAAAAAACAAUGGGAA